AUGGCCAAUGAUGCUGGGGAGGCUGCCAACGCAACAGUCCGGAUAGUCCACAGUCCAGACGCCUGCCAGGGCGCCGCUGCCCUGGAAGAGGUCGCCCCUGUUGACCUCGCGUCGGCGGCAGCCGCCGGGCAGCUGCCAACCAGCUUCUUCCAGCUGGUGGCAGGUGACGACGGCGUCAGCGACGGGGAGGAGGUGUGUAUAUCAUACGGCCACGCCUGGCCGGCCGAGCCCUAUUUCAUGCUGUUUGGGUUUGUGCCAGACGCCAACCCCUUUGAGAGCGUGGUGGUAUACACAGGUCUGGCUGACCUGGCACAGCAUUACUGUGACUACUGCAGCAGCAGCAGCAGCAGUAGCCGCAGCAGCAGCAGCAGCAGCAGCAGCAGCAGCAGCAGCAGCAGCGCCAGGACUAGCGCAAGCAGCAGCAGCGGCGGCAUCAGCAGCGGCGGCGGUGGCGGUGGCGACAUCGGCGGCAGCGGCGACCGGGAAGGACUGCAACGGCAGCAGCAGCAGCAGCAGCAGCAGCAGCAGCAGCCUGCAGAGAACGAGGCAUCCGGUGGAAGCCAGGAGCCCUAUUUCUGGCAGAGAGUAGCUGAGCGGGCGGUGGAGGCGAGUGGACAGGACGGAGCCUCGGGCAGCCUGUCCACAUUCGACCGGCUCGUGGUGACAGCCGGCGGCCUCGAUGGCCGCCUGGCGCGGGCCGUGCAAGUUGUCACCGCCGCCGCCGCCGCCGAUGCACGGGAGCGGCAGCGGCUCCAAGGCGGCGGCGCCGGCGAGGGCGGUGGUGUGGCGGACAGCGGUUUGGAGGUGCCUGCUGGGCUGCGGGAUGUCAGUGUGGGUGAGCUGGUGGUGGACCGCCUGCAGUGGAUCAGGGCAGCACUCGUUGAGGCGCCAGAGCAUGGAAAUGGUGACAGCAAAGACCUCAACGACACUGGAGAUGGCGGUAGGGCCGCGGAGCUGGUUGCUGAGUACAGGCGGUCAAAGCUGGCAGUCGUUGACGCCGCGUGCGCGGCGAUGGCGCCGAAGUAG